CCCGCCGCUCCCUCGGCCGCCGCAUUUCGUGAGUUCUCUGCCUCUACCCCGCAGUAUUUUCUGUAUUCUCUCUCUCCGCUCCUCCAUUCCUUGUUUGAUGUUCCCCACUCUGUGAGGGAGGAUGGUUGAUUUGGAGAGCGAAGUGCCCCCUCUGCCUCCCAGGUACAGGUUUCGAGAUUUGCUGCUAGGGGACCAAGGAUGGCAAAACGACGACAGGGUACAAGUUGAAUUCUAUAUGAAUGAAAACACAUUUAAAGAGAGACUAAAAUUAUUUUUCAUUAAGAACCAGAGAUCAAGUUUAAGAAUACGCCUGUUCAAUUUUUCUCUCAAAUUAUUAAGCUGCUUGUUAUACAUAAUCCGAGUACUACUAGAAAGCCCUUCACAAGGAAAUGAAUGGUCUCAUAUCUUUUGGGUGAACAGAAGUCUACCUUUAUGGGGAUUACAGGUUUCAGUGGCAUUGAUAAGCCUAUUUGAAACAAUACUACUUGGUUAUCUUAGUUAUAAGGGAAACAUCUGGGAACAGAUUUUACGAAUACCCUUCAUCUUGGAAAUAAUUAAUGCGGUUCCCUUCAUUAUCUCAAUAUUCUGGCCUUCUUUAAGGAAUCUGUUUGUCCCAGUAUUUCUAAACUGUUGGCUUGCCAAACAUGCCUUGGAAAAUAUGAUUAAUGAUCUACACAGAGCCAUUCAGCGUACACAGUCUGCAAUGUUUAAUCAAGUUUUGAUUUUAAUAUCUACAUUACUAUGCCUUAUCUUCACCUGCAUUUGUGGGAUCCAACAUCUGGAACGAAUAGGAAAGAAGCUGAAUCUCUUUGAUUCCCUUUAUUUCUGCAUUGUCACAUUUUCUACUGUGGGCUUUGGGGAUGUCACUCCUGAAACAUGGUCCUCUAAGCUUUUUGUUGUUGCUAUGAUCUGUGUUGCUCUCGUGGUUCUACCCAUACAGUUUGAACAGCUGGCCUACUUAUGGAUGGAGAGACAAAAGUCAGGUGGAAACUACAGUCGACAUAGAGCUCAAACUGAAAAGCAUGUUGUUCUGUGUGUCAGCUCACUGAAGAUUGAUUUACUUAUGGAUUUUUUAAAUGAAUUCUAUGCUCAUCCAAGACUACAGGAUUAUUAUGUGGUGAUUUUGUGUCCUACUGAAAUGGAUGUGCAAGUUCGAAGGGUGCUACAGAUCCCAAUGUGGUCCCAAAGGGUCAUCUACCUGCAGGGGUCAGCCCUUAAAGAUCAAGACCUGUUGAGAGCAAAGAUGGAUGACGCUGAGGCCUGUUUUAUUCUGAGCAGCCGUUGUGAAGUGGAUAGGACGUCAUCUGAUCACCAAACAAUUUUGAGAGCAUGGGCUGUGAAAGAUUUUGCUCCAAAUUGCCCUUUGUAUGUCCAGAUACUAAAGCCUGAAAAUAAAUUCCAUAUUAAAUUUGCUGAUCAUGUUGUCUGUGAAGAAGAGUUUAAAUACGCCAUGUUAGCUUUAAACUGUAUCUGCCCAGCAACAUCUACUCUUAUUACACUACUGGUUCAUACCUCUAGAGGGCAAGAAGGCCAGCAAUCGCCAGAACAAUGGCAGAAGACGUAUGGAAGAUGCUCUGGGAAUGAAGUCUACCACAUUGUUUUGGAAGAGAGUACAUUUUUUGCUGAAUAUGAAGGAAAGAGUUUUACAUAUGCUUCUUUCCAUGCUCACAAAAAGUUUGGUGUCUGUUUGAUUGGUGUUAGGAGGGAGGAUAAUAAAAACAUUUUGCUGAAUCCAGGUCCUCGAUACAUUAUGAAUUCUACAGACACAUGUUUUUAUAUUAAUAUUACCAAAGAAGAGAAUUCAGCAUUUAAGAACCAAGACCAGCAGAGAAAAAGCAAUGUGUCAGGGUCAUUUUAUCACGGACCUUCCAGACUACCUGUGCACAGCAUAAUUGCCAGCAUGGGUACUGUGGCUAUAGACUUGCAAGACACAAGCUGUAGAUCAGCAAGCGGCCCUACCCUGACCCUUCCCACAGAGGGAAGCAAAGAAAUGAGAAGACCUAGCAUCGCUCCGGUUUUAGAGGUGGCAGAUGCAUCAUCAAUUCAAACAUGUGAUCUUUUAAGUGAUCAAUCAGAAGAUGAAACUACACCAGAUGAAGAAAUUUCCUCAAACUUAGAGUAUGCUAAAGGCUACCCACCUUACUCUCCAUAUAUAGGAAGUUCACCCACUUUUUGUCAUCUCCUUCAUGAAAAAGUGCCAUUUUGCUGCUUAAGAUUAGAUAAGAGUUGCCAACAUAACUACUAUGAGGAUGCAAAAGCCUAUGGAUUCAAAAAUAAACUAAUUAUAGUUGCAGCUGAAACAGCUGGAAAUGGACUGUAUAAUUUUAUUGUUCCUCUCAGGGCAUAUUAUAGACCAAAGAAAGAACUUAAUCCCAUAGUACUGCUAUUGGAUAACCCGCCAGAUAUGCAUUUUCUGGAUGCAAUCUGUUGGUUUCCCAUGGUUUACUACAUGGUGGGCUCUAUUGACAACCUAGAUGACCUACUUAAGUGUGGAGUGACCUUCGCCGCCAACAUGGUGGUUGUGGACAAAGAGAGCACCAUGAGUGCCGAGGAGGACUACAUGGCGGAUGCUAAAACCAUCGUGAACGUGCAGACGCUUUUCAGGUUGUUUUCCAGUCUCAGUAUUAUUACGGAGCUUACUCAUCCAGCCAACAUGAGAUUCAUGCAGUUCAGAGCCAAAGACUGUUAUUCUCUUGCUCUUUCAAAACUCGAAAAGAAAGAACGGGAGAGAGGUUCUAAUUUGGCCUUUAUGUUUCGACUGCCUUUUGCUGCUGGGAGGGUAUUUAGCAUCAGCAUGUUGGACACUCUUCUCUAUCAGUCAUUUGUGAAGGAUUAUAUGAUUUCAAUCACCAGACUUCUGUUGGGACUGGACACUACACCUGGAUCAGGGUUUCUUUGUUCUAUGAAAAUCACUGAGGAUGACUUAUGGAUCAGAACUUAUGCCAGACUUUAUCAGAAGUUGUGUUCCUCUACUGGAGAUGUUCCUAUUGGAAUCUACAGGACUGAAUCUCAGAAACUUACUACAUCUGAGUCUCAAAUAUCUAUCAGCGUGGAAGAGUGGGAAGACACCAAAGACUCCAAAGAACAAGGGCACCACCGCAGCAACCACCGCAACUCCACGUCCAGCGACCAGUCAGAUCACCCCUUGCUGCGGAGAAAGAGCAUGCAGUGGGCCCGAAGACUGAGCAGAAAAGGUCCAAAACACUCUGGUAAAACAGCUGAAAAAAUAACCCAGCAGCGACUGAACCUCUACAGGAGGUCAGAAAGACAAGAGCUUGCUGAACUUGUGAAAAAUAGAAUGAAACACUUGGGUCUUUCUACAGUGGGAUAUGAUGAAAUGAACGACCAUCAGAGUACACUGUCCUACAUCCUGAUCAACCCGUCUCCAGAUACCAGAAUAGAGGUGAACGAUGUUGUAUAUUUAAUUCGACCAGAUCCACUGGCAUACCUUCCAAACAGUGAACCUAGUAGAAGAAACAGCAUCUGUAAUGCUUCCGGUCAAGACUCUCGGGAGGAAACUCAACUUUGAUAAGAAGGAAAUAAGAGACUAAUUUUUUUUUUUUUCUUACAAGAAUCUUGCUUGAAACAACAAAAGUGUUGCUGGCAUGAAAGAAACUAGAUUGGAAUAUAUUCAAUUCUCUCAUAUUUAAAGACACAAUCUAUUCUCUUAGAAAUAUAGAUCAUUUUGAAACUUAAUGUACUACUUAUUGGUACUCCCCCUAUUAAUAUUUGAAAGAUAUAAAUGGAGUGAUUUUGAAACCCUAAAUUAAAACAUAAAAAUUUAAAGAUGAUAUUUGUUUUACAAUAAGCCAAACUGUAUGAAGCCAAUAUUUAAAAUUAUUAAUGUUUUAUGAAAGCAGACAAAGCCUGUAUUUGGUGCAUCACAAUGGACACAGAAGAUGGAUGCUUCCCUUCAAAAUUAGAUGUCAUAUUAUGUUAAAACAGCUGUUUCAUAAAAUUGAGCUCAUCCUAAAUGACUAGUCUUCUCUGCAUAGAGAUUGACCAACAAACUUGUAUGGCUGACAUUUGUGUAAGAAUCAUAGUUUGUUUUAGAAUACAAAUCAUUAAGUCAUUUUAACCUUUUUUCUCUGCCUUUUAUAUGAUGUCAUAUUCAUUAGAAUUUGAGAUGUUCAUAGCAUGUUUGAUUACACUGAAGAAACUAAUAUAUAAACAAAAAAGAAUAUUAAGUACCUGGACUUUUUAGUAACUUUAUGUCUAGCACACAUUUUAUGCCAAGAAAAGUGUACUAAAAAGCAAAUACCUAUUGUUCUCCUAAAAGAAUGCCUAGCAUACAGAAAAUACUUAAUAUACAUUUGUUGACUUAAAUUUAAUCCAAGAACUGAAACAGUAAUUGGAUUUCUUGAAAUAUGAAGUAAUUUUGAUUAGACUCUUGAGCUUAACAUUUUUCAUCUAUCUAUAUAGUAAUUUCAUUAGAAAAAUACUUCAGAAUUGACAGAAGAAAAUUUAUACCUUUUAUGGACUACAAAGACACUUCAAAAAGAAAUAGACCAAAAAGCACAAGAGAAUACACAGGUAUUGUAU